AUGAAUUCAGACUCGUUUAGGUCGCUUGAAUUACGAGGUCAAGGUGUCCGUCUAGCUGAGAAUGAGAACCGAAAGGUGUCGCUGCAGCGUUGCCCAAUCUCUAGAGCUGCAGUCACUUCUAAUCCGUGGGAGAAUGGUACUCCUCGACCUGCAGCAACAGACAACAUUCCAGAAUAUACACGACGACACAGGACAUUUCACACACACGCUACAAUAACAUUAUCGAAAUACAAGCGUUGGUCACAUAACUUCGAGGAAAGUACAGAAAAAGUGCAACCCAAUGUAUUCCUGAGAGCCAACAUCUGGGCUUUAGAUAUCCAUGCACUGGUCCUUGACUUCCGCCGCGCCUCCUGUCUCUGGCUCCUCCUCUGUGCCUUCGCCAGCGUCGAGGGACACGGCCGCCUGAUGCAACCACCCAGCAGGUCGUCCGCCUGGAGAUACGGCUUCGACACGCCCGUUAAUUACAAUGAUAACGAGCUCUUCUGUGGAGGUUUCGGGAUCCAGUACGGUGAGAACGAAGGCAAGUGCGGAGUCUGCGGCGACAACUGGGCCGACCCUCAACCCCGAGACAACGAGGCCGGAGGAACGUACGGGACGGGGCUCAUUGUUGCCAACUACACCAAGGGACAGGAGCUAACCAUCGAGGUGGAGCUAACGAAGAGCCACCUGGGCUACUUCGAGUUCCGCCUGUGCGUGAACAACGACCCCAACCAGAUCAUCACGGACGAGUGCCUGGACGAGAACCUGCUGGAGAUGGCUGACGGAUCCGGCACCAAGUUCCCGAUCGAGUCGUAUGAAGUAACGUGGAAAUACCCGAAGGUUAAACUUCCCGACGACGUCGUAUGUACUCAGUGUGUGUUGCAGUGGCACUACAGGGCCGGCAACUCCUGGGGCGACUGCGGGGACGGCACCUCCGACCUGGGAUGCGGCGACCAGGAGAUCUUCAGAGGCUGCGCUGAUAUCGGCAUUUACUAGAGGAAUUCUGAGCUGCACGGCAACAAGGUUUUCAAGAAUUCAUGUCUUAAAGGGGAUAAAAAAAAAAAAAUGUAGGGAAACAAUAUAUAUUCGAUUGGAAAGAAAGAAGCAAAGAGAAAGAAGAAGAAAAUUUAUAUGCAAGGAGAUAAACAAAUAUAUGUCUUAAGCAAAUGCGCGAAAAAAAAUGAUUAAGUUGAAAUGUUCUUGUUUAAAGUAUCAGGUUGAAAUAAAUAAACAUUAAUAUGAAGAAUCAAAAUAUGUUAAAGAAUUCAAUUAAAUGUUUAUGUUUCAGAAUUGGUUUAAAGCAUUUAUAUCCUAAGGUUAACUCUGAAAGAAAUAUUCACACGGAAAUACGGACAUACAAAUUACAUUCAGAAAUAAUGAUAAAAAAUAAACAAUGUUCAAACUAUAAACAUUAUAACAUUAUAUUAUGAUUCUAUACCAAACUCACUUUAAUUCACAAUUCAGUAAACACUUUAACGAGUGUUACUAUAUCACGUCAAUAAACAAUAUACUUAUCAUAUCUGGAAUAUGAUACUCUAUGUGUAUAAGACUGAACUUUUAUAUUGUCGUUUGAUAGAGAGAUAAUAACUUUAAUAAACAUGUUUUUACUGCUGUCUAUGCAUGAGGGUACAAAGAUAAAUAUUUCGAAAUAAGGAUUA